AUGGGGUACAUGCGAGGAGGUAACAUGGAGCAGCGGUGGCAGGACCUGGCCAGUCUCCUCAGCCUCCCGGAGCCCCACUACCUGAGCGGCUACCCCCCUCAGGAGCACAAACCCACCGCUGGGCUCCCCAUGCCGCACCAGGAACACCACGCCGUCACCCCGUACUCUCCUAUGGGUAAGUCACAGUUCUUUAGGAUUGAGGUGGAAGCUACAAGAGGAGAGGGAAGGGAGUAUUAG